UAUAAACUAGAUAUAAACUUAACCAUGGUAAGGAAAACAAGGCGAGGAGGGUUCAAUAGAAGUGGAGCCAAUUCUGCUGCUGGUCAGAAGAAUAGGAAGAGAAAGAGCAAAGGCACUUCUAAUAACCAUAAAAAGGGCUAUAGUGGUGGUAAUGUACUUGAAUUAAUGGAUGAGGAGUCAAAUAUUUUUAUUCCAAAGACUACUAUGAAGGCAUUAUCUAAACGUCCAGGUAGGUUAAUCGAUGAGGUUAAAUAUACAGAGAAUCAUCAAGAUGAAACCUUUGGGAAAGCAUUACGUAAUAAACCUAUAGAAUUUGUCAAAGCAAAGGAAGUAUAUGAUCCAAGUGCAGAUUUGCUUAAGAAGGUAAAAGAAGCAAAGGAAGUUAAAGAAGUGGAGUCACAGGAAAUUAUACAGGAUGAGUUGGAAGCGGAUGAAGAGGUAGAUGAAUUACCAGAACUUGAAGAUGUGGAAGAGUUUCAAGAAGAUGAAGACAUAAGCUCAGUCAUCGAGGUUGAGACUGAAGAGACAAUUGAAGAAGAUUUUUCAGAACAAGAUCAACAAGACAUGGUUAAGAAUUUAACCAUUCAAGAUAUUAAGGACAAUCAAAAACCAAAACCAGUUAUAUUAGGAAUGAUCAUAGAUGAAAAAGGUGAUUCUAAACUUGCUGAUAAAGAUAUUAUACCGCCUACAACAAUCGAAGCUCAACCAACUGAGUUGGAAUAUGACUCUACGAUAAGUAUCGGUAAGGUUUCUAUGACUACUGUUAGAGAUAAAUAUGGUAAUAUGGAAGUCGAAUUACCGUUGACUUCCAAACAUGAUAUUGAUGCUGAACAAAGAGAUGCUUUAUAUCGCGAAUAUAUAGCUAACGUCAUACAUAGAAUGCAACAAGAUAGUGAUGAGGAAGAGGAUGAUGGAGAAGAGUUGGAUGAUGAUCAGUUUGAAAUGUAUGAAGAACCUGAAAGUAGUAAAGUCGAGGAGGGUGAAGAAGAAGAUGACGAAGAAGAGGAAGAGGAAGAAGAAACAGAUCCUGAGUAUGGAUUCCUUCCUGAAGAUUACGAAUUUGACAUUUCCAAAAUAUCAGUUACUAAUUUGAGAUAUGGUAUUAAAAAUCAAUAUUAUACAAGAUGUCUAGAUAUCACAGGCUCGGAUGAUGAGAGUAUGUGGAUUGAUGAAGAUGAGAUUAUAGAGUAUGCUUUAAGUAAUGGUGUGAAAGAGCACAGAAUAAAGAGUUUUUUGAAAUUUAUAACUGCUAAUUUCUUGGAUGAUAGUAAACCUAACGAAGAAGAUUAUGAUGUUUACAUUUCUGAUUCAUCUGAAGAGGAAGAUAAUGUUGAAACAUUUGAACAACCUGACAAUGAUAGCGAAGAUCAAGAUGAUGAUUUAGAUGCCUUAAUAUCUUAUGCCAAAACAAGCAAAAAUCAAGAUUUCUUAUCGUUAGAGAAUUCAAAUCCAAGCUUUAAAGUCAAUAAAAAAGGAGCUAAAUUUGAUAACUAUAAUUUAGAUGAUGAAUUACGUGCAUCAUUAAUAGAUCAAUAUGAAGCACAUCGAUUAAACAGAAGAGAUAAGAAACAAAUUAAAAAAGACCUUUUCUUACAAGGUGGCGCCGAUAAUCAUGAUUUACGCGUCAUAUAUCCAUUUUCAUUACACAUCAAAGAAAUUAAACAAGAAUUUGAAGAAUUUCUUCAUGAUACAGAUCGUCAAUCUAUAAGUUUCCCACCAUUAGAUCCCCAUGGUAAUAAAACAGUCACCAAAAUGGCCACCUUAUAUAAUUUAAAGAGUUUAAAAUGUGGUAAUCGAGGUUUGAAUCAAUUUAUCAAAGCAUCCAAGAGUAGACGUACAUUCCAUUAUUUACCUAAAUAUGAUCAAAUCAAUCAUAUGUUAAAACAAAGACCUAUAUUCAAUAGAACUGAUCAAAAGAGAACUAAGGAAGAAAUUGACGCUUCCAAUGGCGGUAAAACAUCAAGACGUGGAGGUGAUUCUCUGAAGGCAGUUUUGAAAGAAGGGGAUAUUGUUGGUGGUAAAGCUCCUCAAAUUGAUAGUAAUAAUAUCGGUAGACAAUUACUUGAGAAAUUAGGUUGGACUGAAGGUGAAGGUUUAGGUGCUUUAGGUAAUAAAGGGAUCAGUGAACCUGUUAUGGCAAAGAUUAAAAAAUCUAAAGUUGGUAUUAAGUAAAGUUUAUAGAAUCUAUAGAUGUAUUAUAUACAAGGAUUUAAUUUUUCUUUUUAGACUUUUUCUUUUUAGAUUUAGGAGCUAAGGCAUGACCUGUUACAUUAAUAUGUUGGAAUAAUUUAUUUCGAGAUGAAAAUUCUUGGUUGCAAACUGUACAAAGUUCAGAACCAAGUGAAGGAGAUGGUUCUUUACUGGUGGUGAUUGAUAUUGGUUCUGAUGACGGUUUUGAUUUUUUCUUUUUCUUUUUAUCUUUCUUCUUUUUGGUGGUUGACCAAUCGUCAUCUUCAUCAUCAUCAGAAUCUAUUAGUUUUAGAUUUUGAGUUUUAA